UUGUUUUAAUAUUAUACUAAUAACACACAUAUUUUUUUUWWAAAUAGUAUAGUUUUUAAUUGCUAUGUGAGAAAUAGCUUAAGAAAUUUUUCUUAGGUUUUGUGUCCAAUAAAUAAAUAAUAUAAUGGAUGAAGUGAGCAAAUUAAUUACCGAGUGGGGGUUCGAAAAAUAUAUCCCAACUUUCGAGAGUAAGUUUAUAUUUUUCCGACUUUUGUGUUUUUGCAUCUUUGUCUAAAUGUGGUCCAUUAUUAUUAAAGUAUAUUUUUAAAUUUAGAAGAAGAGAUAGAUAUGGAGGCAUUAAAAUCCCUAACAGAGAACAGUUUAAAAGAAUUAAUUCCCACUAUCGGACCAAGAAUAAAAUUUUUAAAUAAAUUAAAAGUGUUUAAAACGGAAUGUUUUAUUCAAAACGAUCCAAUAACACCAGAGACGUUAACGCUUUCGUCAGUCUCUUCACCUAUAGUAACGGAACAUUGUUCACCCUCGACAUCUGAACCGGUUUUACUAAUCGGUAACUUUGAGGGCACUGUUAAUGAAACAUGUACAGUAAGCAAGGAUACGCCUUCCUGUAGUACGACAGAUGAAGCUUGUCUUAUAACUGGGCAGGAAUAUUAUAAGCAGGCCUGCUCUCGCUCUUUUGCGUUUUUAGGUGAAGAAAAUUUAAAUAGGGCUUGCAGGAUGUCAUAUGACUUGGACUUGCAGCAAUUUUUGAAUGCGACAAAUGCCGGCCGUUUUGUUUUAGAAACUUAUUCGAAAACAAAAACAUUGACAACAAAAACUAGGAACAUGCUAGUGAAUUUGAUUAUUAACAGCGCAAUGGCUGAAGCUAGGAACGGAAAAUUAACUGCGGAGGAUUUUGAAAAUCUGUCUAACAAAAUUUGUGAUCUUUUUAAAUGUGAACAUACUGGAACGUAUUACAUUCCACGUUGUAGUGGAGCAGGGCCAUCUAAAAAAAAACCUGUGAAUGCGAAAGGGAAACUUGUGGAUAAAUAUAGAAAUUUAAAAAGACUGUACAAUAUUACCAAAGAUUAUAAAGAAAAUUUGGAAACCGAUAAUGAGUUGUCUAAUAAUCCUGUUACGGACGAUAUGGAUGCCAGUGCCAAAUGGUUAAAACAUUGGAAUGAACCUUUUGAUACUGUAUUAUUGCACUGGGAUAAUUCAUUUUAUAUGCGUCGUAAUAGCACGGUAAAAACUGUUGAUCAGUUUUUAAGCGAAUGGCCAAUUUUAAAACAUCAAGUAGCUACCGUACUAAUUGAUACGGAUUUUAAAAAAAUGUUUCCUAAUGCUGCAACCAAAAUGUAUUUAAAGUGGGAAUUAUUUUACAACAAACUGUUAGAAUGUCCAAAUAUAAAUAAGCCAGAUGAAAUUAUAAUGGCACAAUUAAAAAAUGAAAAAUUAUCAGAGGAUGGUAAGUGUGCCGUCCAAAUUGCAGCUUUGCCCGUGUUGUUUCCUCCAAAAGGAAGAUCAAGAGUUAAGAAUAGUCACUGGAAGCCGAGCAUAUUGGAAUGCCAAGAAAGUAUUAUUAAUCAUGUUAAGAUUUCUGGAGAAAUAGAAAAUUUUAUCACCGAAAGAAGUCAUCRCUUCAAGGCUCUCAGUAGAACUAUCCAACCAUAUAUGAUUGUUGUGGGGCCAACAGUAUCGGAAGUAACAGAGAGCUAUCUGAUUAUCGACGCCUACAUCUACAAAGCAAGUACAACCUUGCAAUGUUUUGAUUUAUUAUUUAAGACAUUUCAUGUACUGUGUGCGGAAUACCCCCCUGAAGCAGAACAUAUUUAUUUACUUAUCCAAAAAGUAAUUUUUGGGGUUUCAACACAAUGGGACAAGCAAAUACCUUACGUAAUGACCCUCGCAAAUAGCCUUUCUUURUAAUUUUGUAUGAACUUUUAAAAAUAUGUUUGAUAUAAAAAUAUGAUCAUUUGUCCUCUUUGCAGUUUUAAGACUUUAAAGCUCAAUAAUUUUACCUUGCAUAUUAAACUGAGGCAUAAAUAUGUCGACAAAUUUACUUGUAAACAAAAUAGUAAUUGUUUCCGGACCUUUCAUACUAUAUUUUCUUUUAAAAAACAUUUACGUCAUAAACACCCAGAAGAUUUAGAAACAACAACAAAUGUAGUUACUGCUAGUUUUAAUGUGCCACCUAAUAACGACACUUCCAUUAGGGGGACCAAAGAUUCAAGUUUAGUGCCUCCCGAUUUUGACUUUUCAGCACAAACUUUUGAUUCUUUGUUAAGAGAUUCAGUGAUACAUUUUGUUUCAAAACUUUAUAGCGAUUAUUCUAUAACUACAAAUACAAUACAAAAUAUUAUAAAAGAUGUUAAUGAAUUAUAUCUGUUACCCCUGCAAUAUUUGGAACGGUUAAUUAAUAGUGCCCAAGAAGAAAAUAAAUCAAUGUUAAAAGAUGUGGAGCGACAAAUAAUUUCAUGUUUAAAAUAUCCUUUCAAAAAUUUAGAAACCGAACAUCUCCGUAUUAAAUAUUUUCAAGAUAACAAUGCUUACAUUCCUGUAGAAAAAGUUAAAAUUGGUGAAAAGAGAAGCAGUGUUAGAAAUAAUAAUAAGAGUAUAUUAGAAUCAACAGAAUGUCAUGCAUGUUACGUUUGAA